UGACAGAGCGAGUAGCGAGCGAACGGCAAUCACGGUAGCGAUUAGAGCGGAGAACAUCCAGGAACCGAGCUCGGGUGAGAUCAGUGCGGCUUGGAGCCGAGUGUGCCUCCCGUAACUCUCUUCAAAGCAGAUACUGAUUUCUAGUUGGUUUAUCUGCAGCUGAAGUUUGAUCCUGCAGUAUUUCAGAGGAGAAAUGUUUAGUUUCCUAGCUAAUUGUUGCUGCUGGCUGAAACAUUGGCGAGAACCUGUCAGGAAGGUUACUCUACUAAUGGUGGGAUUGGAUAAUGCUGGAAAAACUGCAACUAUAAAAGGGAUUCAAGGAGAGCCUCCAUAUUUUACAGAUCCAACGGUGGGGUUUUCAAGAGUUGAUAUAAAACAGGGGAAAUUCGAAGUCACCAUUCAUGACUUAGGUGGAGGGAGAAAUAUCAGAUCUAUCUGGAAGAACUAUUAUGCUGAAUCCUUUGGCGUUAUUUUCGUUGUGGACUCCAGUGAUAUUAUUCGAAUGGAAAUAGUUAAAAAAGCUGUGACCGACGUCAUAAGGCAUCCUGGGAUUUCUGGAAAACCUGUGCUUGUAUUGGCAAACAAACAAGAUUGUGUUGGUGCUUUAGGAGAGGCUGAACUCAUAGAGCGCCUUUCAUUGGAGAAGUUGGUCAAUGAAAAUAAAAGCUUCUGCAAAAUUCAACCAUGUUCUGCUGUUCGGGGAUAUGGAAAAACAUUGGACGAGGCAAUUAAAGAAGGCCUUAAUUGGCUUUUGGUUACCAUAGCAAAGGAUUAUGGCAACCUUCAAGAACGGGUUGAAAACGAUGUGAUGCUGCAGAAGGCACGGGAAGACCAAGAGAAACGAGAACGUGCAGAAAGAGUACGAAAAAUCCGAGAGGAGAGAGAACUGAAAGAAAGGGAAGAUGCUAAAAGAGAUGGACACCUGUUAAAUCAAGAUGACAGUGAUGAAUCAGAUCCACAAACAAACCCCUUUCAACCACUACCCAAGAUCAUUUUUGUGAAUGAAGAGGAAAUCAAAGGGCAGAAAGAAAAGAACAAUCGAAUCCCUAAUCGAGACCCUCCACUAAAUAUUGCAGAACAGGGACCAUCUAAGAUGGAAAAGAGUACCAGAGAUACUGUUCCAAAUGAUCAGCCACUGAAAUUGGGUGCCACUGCAGAAGCAGUAACUGAUAAGCUCCAAGUACCUGGAUCGCACCGUAAAAUGCAAGACUCUGGGAAGAAAAAGUCCAAGAAGUUUCGAAUGAAGACAAAGAAUAUUGUAGAACCAGGCAAUGUAGGUGAUGACUCUGGAAAUUUAAGGGUACUUCGUUUGUCUGAUACUUCUCAACCUGCAGAUCAUUUGUUGCUUCAAGAACGGGUUGAAAACGAUGUGAUGGUGCAGAAGGCACGGGAAGACCAAGAGAAACGAGAACGUGUAGAAAGAGUACGAAAAAUCCCAGAGGAGAGAGAACUGAAAGAAAGGGAAGAUGCUAAAAGAGAUGGACACCUGUUAAAUCAAGAUGACAGUGAUGAAUCAGAUCCACAAACAAACCCCUUUCAACCACUACCCAAGAUCAUUUUUGUGAAUGAAGAGGAAAUCAAAGGGCAGAAAGAAAAGAACAAUCGAAUCCCUAAUCGAGACCCUCCACUAAAUAUUGCAGAACAGGGACCAUCUAAGAUGGAAAAGAGUACCAGAGAUACUGUUCCAAAUGAUCAGCCACUGAAAUUGGGUGCCACUGCAGAAGCAGUAACUGAUAAGCUCCAAGUACCUGGAUCGCACCGUAAAAUGCAAGACUCUGGGAAGAAAAAGUCCAAGAAGUUUCGAAUGAAGACAAAGAAUAUUGUAGAACCAGGCAAUGUAGGUGAUGACUCUGGAAAUUUAAGGGUACUUCGUUUGUCUGAUUUUUACACUAAGCCAUUGUCACCAGUACCAACAAGUCAGAAAUCAGACUCUGAGGCCGAUGAUGUCUGAAGGUCUCGGCGGUCUGAAGGUCGUGAUUCUCUUUAAACAGAAAAAAUUGUAUGUAUAGUCACGACAUAAAAAAAGUUGUUUUAUGAAAUCAGGAAAGACCUGUGGGACCUACCACUAAGAAGAAAAAGAAUUGAAUAUUGCUCCAGAAAUUGAUCCUUUGUACUGAAAAACACUGGCAUGUUAGCAAUGCAAAAAAUGACAGACUUUGAGGAAAGUUUUUUACAGAGCUUUUGAAAACUGGCAGA